CCCAGUGAUGUAAAAGAAGAAACUGAAAAAACAGCAACCCACUGAGAACAGGAUGCCGGGAGUGAUGACGACUCCUGUUCGUCCGAAACUGUGAUUCAAAUAUGUCAAAAACAGUUUAAUAUGUUAAAAUGCUUCCGAACAUUCACGGUUCCCUGAUGACUAUUGUUUUCAUGUGGUGCCAUCAUGAGGUCAGGGUUAACGCAGAGAGUCUGCAGGGGUCUAACGUGUGAAGGAGCCAGUGGCAUCUAGUGGUGAGUGUGAGUACAGCAGCCAACGUGACACCCCCAGCUGAGUCAGAGAAAACCAUGAGAACUUCAACAUAAAACUGUGAAAGGUCACAACAGCAACCAAGAUGACGUGAACGACCCGAAGUGAAAUCAGCUUCCGGAACGUCUUCGGUCAGAGGUGGUCAAAGUUCAAAGUGUGUGUGUGUGUGUGCACGUGCACCUCCCCCCUCCCUCUCUCUCUCUCUCUCUCUCUCUCUCUCAGUCAUGGCUCGGUUUGUGCUCACUGGACGUUUCUUGAAUCUCAGACCUGACGUGAACAGAGUCCUGACAGCAGCUCGGACCUACUGCUCGCCUGCAGGGGCCUCGGCUCGGCAGCGUGUGAAUGGCGUGGAUCUGUUCUACGAGCAGACGGGUCGGGGGGAACACGCCGUGCUGCUGCUUCCUGGAGCUCUGGGAAGCACGAGGACCGAUUUCGGACCUCAGCUCAAGUCUCUGAACAAGGAACGCUUCACUGUGAUUGGCUGGGACCCUCGUGGUUACGGACGAUCCCGUCCCCCGGACAGAGACUUUCCCGCCGACUUCUACGAGCGAGAUGCAGCAGAUGGUGUGGAACUGAUGAAGUCCCUGGGUUUCUGUAAGUUCUCUCUGUUGGGCUGGAGCGACGGAGGCAUCAGCGCUCUGAUCGCAGCAGCCAGGAGCCGCGACCUGGUCCACAGGCUGGUGGUGUGGGGAUCCAACGCCUUCAUCACCCAGCACGACAUGGGCCUUUACAACGCGGUCCGGGACGUCUCCAAGUGGAGUGCGAGGAUGAGGCAGCCUUUGGAGGACGUGUACGGAGCAGAACUCUUUGCUCGAACCUGGGCAGCCUGGGUGGACGGAGUCUCGCAGUUCAUCAAGAUACCAGAAGGGAGCAUCUGCAUGGAGUGUCUGCCCCUCAUCACCUGUCCAACCCUCGUCGUCCACGGAGAGAAAGACCCCAUGGUUCCCAUCUCCCACGCUCAGUAUCUCCACAAACACGUCAAAGGAUCUCGAUUACAUCUGAUGCCAGAGGGGAAACACAAUCUGCACCUGAGGUUCCCGGAGGAGUUCAACAAACUGGUGGAAGACUUUUUGGGAGAAUGACUUAAACAGUGAGACGAUCACGUCUAAUAGGUAACUGGUCACUGCCAAUAUUCAUAUUCAAAGAUUAUAUUUAGUCAUUUAUUCGAUUUCUACCCGGCUCAUUUCAAAAAAUACUUUUACUGUAAAAAAUCUGAAUGUCCAUUUUUGUAUAAUUUGUAAAGAAAGUUGGUUCCCUGUUUGUCGUAUUAUGUUACUCAGAAAUAUUUGCACUUGUGGCUGUUACACAUAAAAGUGAGAAGAUGGGUCAAUAAAUUGAUCUUUAACUAAUCUGA